AAGAAAAAGAGUGAUGAAGAUGAAUUAAGAAUAGUCAAAAUAAGAGUCCGCACGUCGCUAACCGUAUGGAAGAAAAAAACAAAAAUUUACUGGUGGGAAAACGAAAACAAAGCUGCCACAACAAUGGAACGAAGAAUUCUUCAACAAGUUCUCUCUUUUUUACAUCAACAACAACAACAACAAACGGAAUCAUCCUCAUCAUUCUUCACCCACUCCUUCUUCUUCUUUCUACCCCCUUUCAAUCCAUAGAUGAUGGGUUUUUCUUUGUGAAUUGUUGAAUUCUGUUGUGGAAACUAGAAAGAUUUUAUGGGAUUUUGUUUACUGAUUUAUGGUGGAAUUUGGAAACAGUAACAUGUUUGGCGGUCUUACAAAUGGUCAUUCGGGAUAUCCGGGCUUCCCCGAGGAACAUCGGUCGCAAUACGACAUGAGUGCAUUGCCCCAGCUUCAACUAUUUGGUAAAUUUCCAGGGGGUUGUGCAAUCGACAACAUAAACUUUGUGGGAAAUGAUCAGGGCCAUGGAAUGGCUUCUGGUCGGCCGGUCAAGAGGGCUCGUGACCCAGGACCGGUGUCCACACAGCAAAAGCUUCGUAUAUCUUUAAACAACAACUUUUGUCAAGAUGAUGUAGGCCUUGCUAGAAACAACAACAUGAAUCCAAAUCAUGUAUCUACAGGUCUGAAACUGUCGUAUGAAGAGGAUGAACGCAAUUCUUCUGUGACGACUGUUAAUGAAAACUUGAAAGCUCUCCACCCUGCCACGUGUCCACUCACCAAUGGUAUCAAACUUGAAAUGGAUCGCCAAAAAGAACUCUUUGAUCAUUAUAUUAAAGUUCAGGAAGAAAAUUUCGUGACGGGUAUAAGAGAAUUGAAUCAGAAACACACGGCUUUGUUACUAAACACAUUGGAGAAAGAAGUAACAAAGAAGUUAAAUGAAAAAGAUGUUGAAAUAGUCAACAUGAACCGAAGAAACAUGGAAUUAGGGCUGAAAAUAAAGCAAGUUGCGAUGGAAGCUCAAUCUUGGCAUUACAAAGCAAAAUACAACGAGUCAGUAGCGAACACUCUCAAGAACAAUCUUCAACAAGCUAUCGCACAAAUGCCCACACAGGCAAAAGAAGGGUAUGGAGAUAGUGAGGUAGAUGAUGCCGCUUCUUAUACAAAUGUAAACGAUGCUUUGGGGAACCCAAUACCAAAUCAAACAUGUUCUUUAAAGCCGUUAAACUGCAAAGCCUGCAACGUUAAAGAAGUUUGUGUGUUGUUACUGCCUUGUAGGCACUUGUGUCUGUGUAAAGAUUGCGAAGCGUUGGUGGAAAAUUGUCCUGUUUGUCAGACAUUGAGAACCGAAAGUGUACAUGUUUUCAUGUCUUGAAACGAGUCGUCUAAAUGACGUGUUUUGUCCGAGUGCUUUCGAGUGAUUAUGCAUAAAAAUGGAAUCUUGGUGAUUCGAAAUGAAGUAUUAUAUGCUUUUGGGAUUGUUUAUGUAUGUAACCUCUUCAUAAUGGGCAUCUCUAGUUGUCGAUACAUCUAGCCGUCAACAUUUCAAAACUUAAUAUAGAGUGAAUUUCAAGUA